CGUAUGAACGUAUGGUCAACAAACAGUAGUUGGACUUGGAGACAGCGCAAGGUGGAACAAUUCCUUGUGUGCAUUCCUCUGCUGAAUUUCAAGUCGCGUUUGGCUCACGAAUCAAUAUUUUUACGACUGAAACUUACAGUAAAAUAGGAAGCGAUUGCACGGAGGUGUUGAAAUCAGUUCUUGGGAAUUGUCCAGGCAGGCAAAAGCGUCAGAUAACGUUAGCACUACAGAAACAUGCUGUGGACUAUGACGCCUGUUUUUCUUUCUGCCUGACCGAUGGUAAUGAUGCGAAACGCGUUGGUGAGAUGCAGAAGGAUUUUUAACGUGUUGAUUCUUUAACAUGAUGGUGGUAUGGAGUAAACUCACAAGGUUUUAUGUGGGAACGCAUACCGUGACACUGGCCUAAAUGUAAGCUUGUGUACUUUUAUCUAGCUAGCUAGGUGUAAAUGAGACGCUCUUGGCGCAAGCUAAUGCUAACUGACAUUAUCUAACGUAAUGGAAGCACCGUGAACCACUUUUACCCUAGACGCUAGCUUGCCAGCCUGCCUCUUAUCUGAAAAAUAUGUAUGGAUUAUGAUUAAGCCGAAACAAUAGGUUAUUGUAUUUUAAACUAGUGGUUUGAGGCAGCGGAACUACCGAGUUCGUUGUAGUGGCAAGCUUUAUUCAACACACCGGGGACUUUUGCUGUUUAUCUUCUGGUAUCAGCUAGCCCAUUAGUCAGCUAGCUUAGCUAGCUGGUGACACGCUCCCAACAUAAACCCAGUUAGUUGGGAUAUCAAACGUGUCAGCAAAGUAGCUAGCUGUUGAAGUUUUAGAUUUAGCUAGCGAGUUAUGUAAAAUUAGCUAACAGUCAAUUGGCAUCGGUCAACAUGAACAUUUCACACUGAGCUGCAGUCACUUUCAACUUUAUAAACUGUCCCAAGUUUGCCUGUUCAAUUAUACUGCUGAGUCGAGCACUGGGGUCAAUUGCACGGUUAAGUAACCAAAGGUGCUUUGGCUGUUAUAGCUAACCAAACUAGUUGAUUAGACUACUCUUAAGUCAGGCUAGUAACAAUGCGACCAAAUUAUAUGUCAACAUAUUUCUGAUGUCUAUUACCUUGUUGGGCCGACUUGUAUGUUGGCUCCACUGAUUUAUUUGCUUCGGUUGUUUAUACUGGGAAAGGGCGUUAAUGAAAACGUGAUAUUUCACAUCAUUGUCAAAUUUGCACUAUUGUAGCAAACAACGCACUUCAAGGAGCACUGCAAUUUUCUCAAGCAGUUGUGGUAAUUGGGCGUGUAAAGCAACUGGAUUUGUAAAAAAUACAACGUGUAGGUGAUGAUUAAACUCAAGUCACUUGUAUCUCAAGUGCAUGUAGAAAUAGUGGCAAACUUAUCUUGAAUCAGUCCUUGCAAAGCAGGCAGCCUGUUGAAUAGUUUAAUUGAAGGUAACUGGAUCAGGGAAUCUAAGCUUUGCAAAACUCGGGUGUUGCGUGUUCCACUUCCCGACAUGAGAAGAUGAACAGCGAAGAGCCAGCCUUAGAUUUGUGCAAUGCUAAGAACAGCGCGGGGGAGAGCACUGCCUCAACUCCCGCGGACGAGAUCAUCCCCAGGAACAGUGGCCUCCUGAUGGAUGGAGACGCCGUCAAGCAGGGGAUGGACGCACCCACUUUGGCCAGGCUUACCGCCUGUCCAGAUGGGGACAUUGAACCUCAGCGGACGAAAGAGAAGUCGGAUAGCGACGAGAUAAAUGGAAACGAGAACAACGGUACUGUCACAGCCGCAGCGGUUGGCUCUGACCUAGAUGACUAUUCUGAUGACAGUAAAACACACCCGAACAUUAGCGGCAUUUUGCCGGAAACGCCUCUGUCCAGUUUUUCCAUUGAGGACGGCGCGGAUGAAGGGGACAUGGAUAUCGGUGUGGAUUUAAGUUUAGAUGAGACCGGAGUUUUGGAGUCGGAACCACCGGUGCCCAAAUCUGAAAGUGCCUCUAGCGGCACCGGUGUGAACUCGGUGUCCCGGUCGGACACGGAACUAUCAGAGAAGUCUUCCGAACCGGGACAGCAGGAUACGCCUUUAUGUCCGUCUCAGACUGAGACCCUCUCCUCCCCAGCCUCUGACCAGGAUGAGGAACAGAAACAUAAACCAGGGUCCAAGAGGGUGACGUUCCCCUCUGACGAGGAUAUCGUGUCUGGUGCUGUGGAGCCCAAAGAUCCCUGGAGACAUGCCCAGAAUGUGACAGUGGAGGAGAUCCUGAAUGCAUACACACAGGCCUGUCAGAAGCUCAACUGCAAGCCCAUUCCCAAAGUGCUCAAACAGAUACAGGAGCUGACUCAACUGAAUCAGAGAAAUGAGUGCCUGGACCUUAAAGGAGAAAAGCUGGAUUAUAAGGCCUGUGAGUCACUUGAAGAGAUUUUUAAGAGGGUCCAAUUCAAACUGGUGGAUCUAGAGCAAACCAACCUGGAUGAGGAUGGUGCGUCUGCGUUGUUUGACAUGAUCGAGUACUACGAGUCGGCCACACACCUCAACAUCUCCUUCAACAAGCACAUCGGCACGAGGGGAUGGCAGGCCGCCUCCCACAUGAUGAGGAAGACAAGCUCUCUGACGUACCUGGAUGCGCGGAACACGCCCCUUCUGGACCACUCGGCCCCGUUUGUUGCACGCGCCCUCAGGAUCAGCGGCAGCCUGGCCGUGCUGCACCUGGAGAACGCUGGCCUGUCUGGACGGCCGCUCAUGCUGCUCGCCACUGCUCUGAAGAUGAAUAUGAACCUGCGGGAGCUCUAUCUGGCUGAUAACAAGCUUAAUGGACUCCAGGACUCGGCCCAGCUGGGCAACCUGCUCAAGUUCAACUACAACAUCCAGAUCCUGGACCUGCGCAACAACCACAUCCUGGACACCGGGCUGGCUUAUGUGUGUGAAGGCCUGAAGGAACAGAGGAAAGGUCUGGUCACACUGGUGCUGUGGAACAACCAGCUCACACACAAUGGCAUGGGCUACCUCGCAGCUGCACUGCCGUGCACACAGAGUCUGGAGACGUUGAACCUGGGCCAUAACUCUGUGGGGAAUGAGGGUGUUCACAAGCUGAAGGACGGCCUCAUCGCCAACCGCUCCGUGCUCAGACUGGGGCUUGCCUCCACCAAACUCUCCUGCGAGGGUGCUGUAGCGGUGGCUGAGUUUAUUGCGGAGAGUCCUCGGCUGCUACGGCUGGACCUGCGUGAGAACGACAUUAAGACAGGCGGCCUGAUGGCUCUCUCCUUCGCCCUCAAGGUCAACACCUCUCUGCUGCGCCUGGACCUGGACCGCGAGCCCAAGAAGGAGACGGUGAAGAGCUUCAUAGAGACACAGCGCGCCCUGCUGGCUGAAAUCCAGAACGGCUGCAAGCGGAACUUCAUCCUGGCGCGCGAGCGCGAGGAGACCGAGCAGAAGAUGCGGCAGUCGGCCUCCAUGGCCGAGAUCUCCAGCGAGGAGACGCCGCGCCCCGAGGAGGAGGGCGAGGAGGCCUCCGCUGCCGCCGCCACCACCACCAGCGUCUCCGCCGUCACGUCCUCCCCUGUGGCCGAGGGAGACCAGAGUGGCGGCGGUGGUGGAGAGGAGGGAGCGGCCGAGUCCAAACCUGACGGAGGGGACACGGGAAAGGAGAGCUCGUCGCAGGUGGCAUCGUCUGUCAUCGACGACUCCGACUCGGACACGGAGGAAGAGGAGGAGGAGGAGGAGAAGAAGAACGUGCCAGCCGGACGAGGGGCGUCGUUGAUGAACGAAGGCGCUCCGCGGCCCGCGAAACUGCCCAGCGCCGGUGCUAGCCCCUCCCACCGCAGCCCUGGUCCAAUCAGCAGCAGUAUCAGUGGAAGCGCGCCUCCGACUUCCACCCUGUCCGCCAUCACGGUCACCGAGGCGCCGGUGCCCCCCGGCACACCCCCCUCGCCCGGACGCUGCAUCUCCGUGUCCAGCCCCGGGCGCGGCCACAAGAUCUUCAUGGUGACCCGCGUGGAGAGCCCGCCCGAGCAGCCGCAACUACUGGCCCAACUCCAGUCCUGGAGGGAGCAGGAUCGGGCUGCCCAGACCCAGAGCCAGAGCCAAGGACCCAGCCCGACCAACAAAGACACCACCUCGAAGCCCAAAGAGGCUGAGCACACCCACGGCCCAGCGCGGGCGUCCUCAGGCGGGGAUGUUUCACGUCAGGGUGCAAGCGGGCCUGCUGAGGAGGGACAGGUGGACUCACUUGCGCGGAAGAAAGACCAGAGCCAGCUGUCCGAAGCCCUAACCGACCCGCUAGGGGCGCAGCUGUUGCAGCCUAACCCCCCAGCACUACAACACCAGCAGCCCCCGGCACAGACCGACUCGAGUGUAACCCCACCGAGACAACCAAAUACAGCCUCCGCAGUGGGCGUCAGCGAGGACCUGAAGGAAAGCAGCCAGGCGGUUUCUGCAGAGCUCAGCCAGCCUUCGGCUGAUGGACAAGCAGAAGCAACCAAAGCAACAGAAGCGACAGCAGCAACAGCAGAAGCGACAGCAACAGCAGCAGCAGCAGAAGCGACAGCAGCAAAAGCAGCAGCAGUGACGCCAAACCCACCGGAGCAGCAGCCUCAGGGCAGCCCAGAUGCGCACACACAACCCCAGCCUGCCCCGGUCAGCACCGACACACUAAGCAGGCCAGAGCAGGUCCUGGAAACGCAGUCCGAUUCACAGACACUGGUAGCAGAGCAGGCAAGCGAGCCGAUCGCAGCAGAGCAGCAGCCCGGGCCACAGGCUUCUGAAACGAUUCCAGAGCCAGCUGCCCAAGAGCAGGAGUCUCGAGAAAGCUCUCAGGCGUCAGAACAGGACCUGCCACCCCAGCAGCAGCAGCAGACUGUGGAGGAGUGUCCCCUGCCCAGCGCGAUGUCCGAGGUCAGUGGUAAUCCGGAGACGACCGUAGUGCUGGAGACACCGGCGGAGCCUGACCCCUGUCCAGGCCCAGAGCAGCUCUCAUCUGGGCAGGUCUUGGAGGCGGAGCUGGAGGCUGAGCUGGAGGCGGAGCUGCAGCUGGUCUUGGAUCAGCAAACGCAGCCGCGUCCUCCUCCCCUGUCUGCAGAGUGUUCAGAUUCCUCGGCCCUGCUGCCUUCUCGGAACACCUCCGCCGCCGUCAGCGGCGCCACAAUGGCCACGCCUGCUCAGGAGCAGCACGUCGCCCCAACGGGGGAGGAGCAGGCUUCGGUCACUACGUCGACCGUGGACAUGCCCCAGGCAGAGGAGUCGUCGGGAGACUCCCCAGACGAGAGCUCGACAGACGAUGGCGAGAGCGGCACAGUGGAGCCAUCUGGAGCAGCCCUGCCCAACGGACUGAAGCCCGAAUUCGCCCUGCACCUGCUGGAUCCCGAAGGGCCUAAGCCUGGCAGCUGCGUCAUGGAGCACGUGGCCGCAGAGCUUCACUGCGGGCAGGACCUGGAGGAGCUGCUGCUGGAAGCCAGCCUGGAUACCGGACGCGAGGCCCCGUAGUGCUGUCACCAUGGUGACUGUAGACCAGCUGGUCUGUAUGUCUUUUGGGCCCUGUGCAAGGCCUUGGGCUUCUGAUGCCCCAAGCCAACCUUCCCACGCACACAACCCCCCAACCCAACCCAACCACACACUUUCUUCCCCCUUCAUCAUUCCUGCUGUCUCUUCACCCUCUCAUUGGCCGCUGUCACACACAUGAUGAUAAUUGAUACUCGCGUAUACAAACACACUCAUUCAUACAUACAUACAUACAUACAUACACACACACACACACACACACACGCAUUUACACACUCACACACACUAUGAACCCUGAUUAAGAGACAAAGGAAUGAAAAAGAUAAAAGAAAAUAUUGAUCACACCAUGGCCUAGGAAAUGAACACACUACACACACACACUACUAACACACACUAAGUCACAGCCAGAAGAAACACACUCAGUUGUAUGAAAGAAUAAAAAGGACAACUUAUAUAUAUAAAAAAAGAAAUACCUUGUGGAAGCUGUCACACUACCCCUCUUUCCAUCACUACAUUCCCCUAGUGGGGUCCAUGAAAGGAAGGAUCUGCAAACGAAUACAAAUAAUGGCAGGAAAAAGAAAAAGUGAAGGCAGAGAAUACUGUCUGAAGAGGAAGAUGAGGAGACAAUAUCUCACUGCUCAAAACCAAAGAGACACGACACAUGCACACUCUCUCUCACACACACACACACACACACACACACACACACACACACACACCCUCACAUACUAUACAUACUCUCUUUCCUUUCUGCACCUGUCGGGGCUUGAAAUUGCAACACUGACCUCCAGUGGUGAUCAGAUGUUAUUGCACCUGGCCUCUCUAACUGGACAGGACUCCUACAAGCUCUAACUGGACAGGACUCCUACAAGCUCAAAUGGAGUGUCUUCUCCUUUCUCUCUCUCUCUCUCUCUCUCUUUCUCUAUCCUCCCAUUCCUUGUCUCGUUCCACUACGUUCUCUGCGUCUGUUUCACUAAUAGAUCAGAUAAAUGAGUGUGAGGGGGGUGGGGGGUGUCGCUUGUGUCUAAAGGUGUGAGUGUGUGUGUGUGUGGGAGUACUUGUGCUAAGUCAAGUUUAAGUCUGUCUCAUGAGAAGGAAUACCUCCAAAGUGUAGAAAAAGAGAGCUCCGUACAGUGGAAAGAGACAAAACGCUUAGGAGAAAGUCUUCUGACUGAACUUUUAACUCUCGUCCGGCUCAGCCUUCUCUGAUCUGCCAAAAAAGAAAGAAAGGAAAAAAAAAAGUCUAUAAUGGGAUUUUCUCUCGGUUCUCCAUUUGAACAUGUCAGUGCUUAGAAGCUGAAGCCUUUUCGGGAACCAAUGUGAAUGUUACAGGCUGAAAGGAGGGCAGGGGGAAGGAGGUGGUCUUGCCUUGGCAGAGGAAGGCCAUUCUUUAGCGCGACAGUAGCUUUUCUCUGGAUACUUCCAUCACCUGACUGACCUGCAGUCCCCAGUCCCAGUCGAGGGCAGGACCGAGUCCGCCUUGCCCUCGAAAGAAAAGAAAAGAAAGCAACGAGUCUAGUGGAAUGUGAUUUCUCUUUCUGCUCCUUUCACAAUUCUCUCACCCUCCCUCCUUCCCUUUCUCUCGCUCUUUCUCUGUCUUUCUCUUGUUGUGUCACAUUUGGCACUACACUCGUUCAGCAGACAAUUAAAACAUGCUCAUUGCCUUUUGAUCGCGUUUUGUUUAUUUUUCCCCCCUUUUUGCUGCUUUUGAGGAUUCAGUUGUUUCUAUUUAUUUUAUAGUUAUAUGAGCCUUUUUUUCUUUGUGUGAUUUAUUUCUCCAUAUUCCUUACUUUUAUUAUUAUUAUAAAAUAAUAAUAUUAUUAUUAAAAUCUUGGGGUUUUGCUUUUAAAGAUUUUUUUCCAUGGUGUAUAUUUUCAGGUUCUACAGAAGAGCAAUUACUAUUGUGUUUAGAGAUUGUUGUCUCUUGUUUGUUGAUCGUUUCCUGUCUUGGCAUAAAUGGGGUAUACAACAGGGGAUUGGUUGCAUAUUAAGGGGCAAACGGUUUUGGGACAUUGACAUGCUGGAGAUGAAGCGGCCCAAAACAAAGGGUUGAAGAUACGGGCAAGGAGUGUGUGUGUGUGUGUGUGUGCGUGUGUGGGUGUGGGUGUGUGGGUGGGUGGGUGGGGGGGGGGGGGGGGGGUCUUAUAUCCUGUACAGAGCCGUCUCAAAGCAAAUAACCCACCUGCCCCCUCCACACCAACCACUUCCCCGGACAACAUUGAAUGUCAGUGUGUGAAACUAAUAAGAAAGUUAAACACUAUUCGCUGUCGAUCGUCAGGAGACGCCACUCACGGUCAGCACGGCGGAGCCCUUGGUGAUGGGAGGUCCAGAGACGCAGAUGCGUCCGGGAGCUGUCACGUCACGUCAUUCUGCCUCACAGUCUGGAGGUAGACGAUGCAAAGCAAAGUGAGGAGAGGCGUCUCGAUUGGUCGGUGCGGAGCUGGGUGGGGUUGGCUGGGGUUGAGGACCGAGGACUUUUGGCCCCCUCUUUGGGAGUCCUAGAGGGCGGCCAUCACCGGCCUUAAAUACCAUGGCUGUGUGUUUGUGUGUGUACGCAAACGUCUCCUGUAGCUUUUUUUUUUUGUUGUUCUUGCUCUCCCAGAUUGCUGUAGGUGUGUGAUUGCAGCUUUCUUCAGAAUGAAAGUGACCCCGGCACAGGGUUAAGUCUGUUUCAGAGUUAGCCUCCCUCUCUUGCUGUGUGUGUGUGUGUGUGUGUGUGUGUGUGUGUGUGUGUGUGUGUGUGGCACAGACAGAUGGGGGCGAGUUUUGCCACAGUUUCAAAGACAUACAGUAACAGCCAAACCAGCCCCAGUGUUUUGCCUCUGUAACAGAUUGUACUGGCCUCCAAAUAAAUUCACAUUGCUGUGCUGCCCUCACCGCCCUCCUCUCUCCAAUCCCAUGUUUGUAAUGCUUUUCAUUUUUAGUAAUUUUUAAAUUACUUGUUUAAAUUAAUCAAUAAAAAAAAGACGACAGAAAAAAAAUUGCUGGUUAGCACACUGACGUGUAUGGAAAAGUAAAUUUUUGUUUCUCUCUCUAUCUCUCUCAAAUAAAUGCAUGUAAUGAGAA